UUGUGCGAUCAGCUGAUGAGUGUCAAUUUUAAUUGAGAUUUUGUCUCAUCUCUACUUUCAUUUAAUUAAUUAUUCUGUGAUUGUUUUUUAAUUAUUUUGUAUUUUAUUUUGUUUAUUCGUUGAACCACCGGGUACACGAACUCUUGCAAUAUCUGUAACCUUAAAGAUAGAAGAUAUAAUUUAACGGAAGCUUCGAUGGCCAAUGAAACCGGUGAUGUAGACCAAGUGAACAUGCAAUCAGAAGUAAUUCUCAGUGAUUCUGGUGGAAUAGAAGUUGAAGAUUAUGGUGGUGCUGGUGAAAAAAGUGGUGAUACCAACGAGGGAAGUGGUGAUGAUGGUGUCGCUGGAGAUGAUGCCAAUUAUGAUAAUGAAUUGAAAACAGAAGAAAACCUUGAGACAGAGAAAGAUUUAUCUUAUGAGACAAGUGAAAUGGAGACUGAUUUAAGCAAGGACGAUGGAAUAGAAAACGAAACCAUGGAAUUACCAAGAGAAAUUACUCAAUUUACUGAUGAAAAAAGAAACAAUAGUAUCCCUGGUAUUGAAAAUUCAAAGCCUGAUAAUGAUUCUAUUCCCAAUAUCGUAGAAACGGUUACUAUUGACAAGUCAUCUUAUGAAAAAUUAAUCUCAGAACAGAAAAGGUUAACCGAUGAACUGAAAAGAUUAAAAGAACGCCUAAUUACUGUUGAAGAUGAUUAUACAAGUGAAAUAUUGGAACUUGAAGAUCGAGAAUCAAAAGCCAGGAACGAAUUGAAUCAAGCUCUUGAAACUAUCGGACAAUUGAAAAAUUGUAUCAGAGAAGUUGAUCAACCAACCAAUUGGUCUGAACGAAUGGAACAGUUAAAAUCUGAACGAGAUGCAGCUCUAGAUGAUGUCUCCAAAUUAGAUGACAAGGUCCAUCGGUUAACAGCAUCGGUUACAAAUUUACAGCUCGUAAUUGAACAGAUACAAAAAGAGAAUGAAAAAAAAGUCUCUUCUUUAACCAGGCAACAUCUCGCAGCCCUAGAGUCAGAGCGAAUGAUACAAAAUGAUUUACGACAGGAAGUUGAGAUGUAUGAAAAAAAGUCUAUGGAAUCAGCUCAAGCUCUUGAAGCUGCAACAAGAUUGACAGAAAAUAUCGACAAAAAGGAGGAAAUUAUUCAAAACUUGAAACAAGAACGUAAGUUUAACUUUUCUCUCUCAAUACAAUUUAUUCUCUCUGAUUCAAGAUGAAAGAUUAAAAGAUUAUCAUGAAAAAGGUAUUAAGGUGAUAACGUAAAAAUCAAUGAUACUGUUAAGAAACCGCUGCUCUCUCUCAUUAAUUAACUAAUGGGUAGCAAGAUAAUUGUAAUGAUGGUGAUUAUUGUGAUAAUAAUAAUGAUGAUGAUGGUGAUGUAUUUUUGCCGGUUUAUUAUCAUCAAAUUGAAAAAUGUUGUUUGCAUGGACCCACAAUUCAAAUUGAUACUUUCACCUUUCUCUCUCUCUCUCUCUUGUCAACAAGAAACAUA